AUGCGUACCAACACUCUAUUGUCUUCCGUCAUCUCUUUGGCUUUGUUGUCCAACGAAGUUUUAGCAACUCCUCCAGCCUGUUUGUUGGCUUGUGUUGCUCAAGUUAGCAAAUCCUCCUCCACAUGUGACACUUUGAACCAAGUUUCUUGUUUCUGUGAACACGAAAACUCCGCCAUCAAGAAGUGUUUGGACUCCAUUUGUCCAAACAACGAUGCCGAUGCUGCUUACACCGCUUUCAAGAGCUCUUGUUCCGAACAAAAUGCUUCUUUGGAUGACUCUAGCAGCAGUGCUUCCUCUUCUGCUUCCUCAUCCAGCAAAGCUUCAUCCUCUAGCAAGGCCUCCUCCUCUAGCAAGGCCUCCUCCUCCGCCUCCUCCUCCGCCUCCUCUUCUAUCAAGGCCUCUUCUUCAUCAUCUUCCGUCAAGGCUUCUUCCUCUGAACAAGCCUCUUCUACCGAACAAGUCUCUUCCUCCAAGGCUUCCUCUACCGAACAAUUUUCCUCUAGCACCGGAAAGGCUUCUACCACUGCUUUCUCAUCUUCUUCCAUUGUGUCUAAGGUCCCAGUUACUUCUGGUAACUCAACUUCUACCGCCAUCAUCUCCACUUUCUCCGAAGGUUCUGGUAACGUCUUAGAAGCUGGUAAGUCUGCUUUCAUUGCUGCUGUUGCCGCUUUGUUGAUUUGA